AUGAAUCGAUUGGCACUUUUGUUGAUCGGCGGCCUGGCUGCUACAGCUACGGCACGACCGCAGAAGCGGGCUUGCUCUGGCAGACCGACAUCUAGCAGCUCCUCAGUGGCAUCAUUGAUCCAACCAACAAGCGAGAUCGCAACCACCGAAAUCGUUAUCCCUACCUCGACUUCCAAGGAGGUUGUGCUACCAAGCUCGACCUCAUCCUCAACGGCCGCGCCGACCACCACUUCCGUUGCUGAUUCGACCAAGCCCACCACCGAGGCGCUCACUGCGUCGUACUGCGGAGCACCGAAUUCUUAUGAAAUCCUGACUGGUACACCGUGGAUUGUCUUCUCCAUGAAUUACAAUUAUCAGUCCAUCAGUGGAACCUGCUGCACGGGCUACUACUCGGUCUCCGGCUCUGGCGACGACCAAAGCGUCCACUGGAGCAGUAUCUGGGAUAUUGACGAGUCCGUGAACACGAACCUCGUGAAGGGAUACUCGUUCAUCGGACUAACCCAGAACCUGGAAACUACGCUUGACAGCAUUUCCAGCAUCCCGAGUAAAUAUACUUGGACAGUGAGCAAUACGACGGCCUACAAGGGUAACGUUGUCUACGACUUUGAAAGACAAUUUGCUAACUUGUGUCCUGCAAUGACGUCUGACACCAAGGGCGACUCGACAUCGAGCUCGGCACAGGAGCUGAUGAUUUGGCUCCAGUAUGUUGGUGGACAGGUGCCCAUCGGUUACUCUGAGGGCGUUGUUGCAACCAUCGACGGACUCUAUGGCAAGGAUGGCUGGAAGUUAUACCAGGGCUUGAACACCGACACUGGCAUCACGGUCUCUUCCCUAUUGGCACCGGAGGACAGCAUGUUCGAUGGAAGUUUCGAGGGCGAUAUCAAGGACUGGCUUCUGGCCCUGUCGAAGCAGGGAAUCUUCAGCACGAGCACCUACGUGAACGUUGGCAACGCAGGCAUGGAGCCAUUCUGGGGCACUGUCACUUUCGACAAUACCUUGUCGUUGAGGAUCGAUCUAUGA